CAUUGGGUAGUGAAAUACCCAAGAAGUUUUCUUGCUUUUAGCAUUGUGACAGAAUCUUGCAUUAUUUUCUUUUUCUCAAAAAAAGAAUUACAUUAUUUUUGGUUAUUCACAUUGUUACAGAAUCUUGAAUUAUUUUCUUCUAUAUUAAUAAAUCAGUUGGUAUGGAGGGGUUGAUGAAGUUUUCUACUUCAUUUCUUGAUUCAAAGCUCAUGAUGUUUGGUGUUAAUGUGGCUCCCAAGUUCUAUUCUUGCAGAGAUAGAGGGAGGUUUAUGAUGAAGGCUUCUUAUUCAAGCACUUCUUAUGAUACAACAAGAUCAGUAAGCAAGAGGAACUUCUUAAUGGAUACUUUCUCUUAUCGGAUAAAUGGCGCGAACCAUACAAGUUUGUAUUUUCGAGAUACAUGGGUACUCGAUGCCUCUGACGAUGAAUAUGGAGGAGUACUCGUCAACCCAGAAAGACUACCAUCCGAUCCUGACAAAUUUACCUUUGCGCUUCGCGCAUCGCUCUCUCAUUGGAAAGCGAAGGGGAAGAAGGGAGUUUGGCUUAAACUACCACUGGAAAAAUGUGAUCUAGUUCCUAUUGCAGUAAAGGAAGGAUUUGAAUACCAUCAUGCAGAAAGAGGAUAUGUCAUGAUGACUUAUUGGAUUCCGGAGGAACCCUCCAUGCUUCCUUCGAAUGCAUCUCAUCAAGUCGGAGUUGGAGGUUUUGUGAUCAACGACAAAAAUGAGGUGCUCGUCGUGCAAGAGAAACAUUUUGCACCGGCUCUUUCAGGCCUCUGGAAAAUACCAACCGGUUUCAUUCUUGAGUCCGAGGAGAUCUUUACAGGAGUUGUGAGAGAAGUGAAGGAGGAAACCGGGAUUAAUACUGAAUUUGUGGAGGUUAUGGCUUUCAGGCAUGCUCACAAUGUGGCCUUUGAAAAGUCAGAUUUGUUCUUCGUCUGCCUGUUAAGAGCUCUGUCGAAACAGAUCAUGGCUGAUGAUCUAGAAAUUCAGGCUGCUAAGUGGAUGCCUCUGGUUGAGUUUGUGGAGCAGCCGUUAAUCCAAGGAGACGACAUGUUCAAGAAAAUAAUUGACAUUUUUCUAGCUCGACUGGGCAAGCGUUACUGUGGAUUGUCUGUCCAUCAACUGGUUUCGAAAUUUGAUGACAAACUUUCCACAUUGUACUUCAACACAGUCGAUGAUCCGGAUUUGAAUUGUCAAGCCAGUUAGCAUCACAAUCAGUAUUUGAUACAUUGGAAGGGGAGCCUCAAAGUAACUGGUAAAAACAGCCGCUUGCAGAAAUAUAAGGUGAGGCUGCGUACAAUAGAUCCUUGCGAUCGGGCCCUUCCCCAACCCUGCACAUAGCGGGAGCUUAGUGCACCGGGAUGCCCUUUUUGUCUUGUGUAUAUGUCAUCCGCUGUAACCUAUAGGGUGUGCACGCUGUAAAUAUGCAACUAUAACGGUACUAAGGUAGAGAAGUUUCUUUUACGGUAAA